AUCGCAAAAUCACAACCAGAUCAAUAGCUGAAGUGGAAAAUGGCGUCUCAGGCAAGGCCUUUUCACGAUAUGUAUGAAAUUAAGGAAGAACUUGGAAGGGGAGCCUUUAGUAUAGUUCGUAAAUGUGUUCUGAAGGAAGGGAAAGUCGAAUUUGCUGUUAAAAUUCUCGACACGCGAAAGAUGACCUCGCGCGACAUCCAGAAAGUUGAGCGAGAGGCUCGGAUUUGUCGGGGCCUGAAACACCCGAAUAUCGUCCGUCUUCACUCUAGCAUCUUAGAAGAAGGUUUCUAUUACUUAGUGUUUGAUAUGGUCACUGGUGGAGAACUCUUCGAGGAGAUUGUAGCCCGAGAGUACUACAGCGAGGCAGAUGCCUCCCACUGCAUACAGCAAGUGUUACAGAGUGUUCAGCAUUGUCACGACAGCAAUAUAGUGCACAGAGAUCUUAAACCCGAAAACCUUCUCCUCUCUAGCAAGGAAAAAUCAGCGAUAUGCAAACUAGCCGACUUUGGAUUGGCAAUCGAAGUUGAAAACGGCAAAUUAGGUUGGUUCGGUUUCGCCGGGACGCCGGGAUAUUUAUCUCCGGAGAUUUUGAAGAAGGAAGCAUAUAACAAGGCGGUAGAUUUAUGGGCUUGUGGAGUGAUUCUGUACAUCCUUCUGGUAGGCUAUCCUCCCUUUUGGGACGAAGAUCAGCAGAAAUUGUACAGUCAGAUCAAGGCAGGGGCCUACGACUUUCCCUCUCCAGAAUGGGACAGUGUAACAGAGGAAGCCAAAGAUCUUAUUAACAAAAUGCUCACUGUAGAUCAAAGUAAAAGGAUCACAGCUGCAGAUGCCUUGAAACAUCCUUGGAUUGUGAACAGUGAACGAAUUGCCUCGAAAGUUCAUCGCCAAACUACGCUCGAUGGUUUGAGAAGAUUCAACGCGCGACGAAAACUUAAAGGGGCCAUUCUCACGACACUUUUAGCGACGCAUAAUUUUAGCGGCUCGAGAAAGAAGAAGGAAUCUGAUGAGGAUGUAAUGGCGACUCAUCCCGAAGAAACAGAUGGUACCACCCAAGCCAGCGCGCAGCCGCAGUGGAAAUCGCAGAAAGAACAGGAAAUAAUCCGCUUAACGCAGCAACUGAUAACCAGUAUAACCACUCAAGAUUACGACACGUACAGCAAACUCGUUGACUCUCACGUAACUGCCUUCGAACCAGAAGCAAUUGGAAAUCUUGUGGAAGGUCUAGAGUUUCACAAGUUUUACUUCGAUAACGUGCUGCGUCAACGCAACGCACCCACAAAUACAACGAUUCUCUCGCCUCACGUGCACAUUCUGAGCGCAGAAGCCGCGUGUAUCUCGUACGUGCGCCUGACCCAGCGAAUCGGAGGCAACGGCGAGCCAGUGACGGACCAAUCAGAAGAGACUCGAGUGUGGCAGUUAAAGAACGGGCAGUGGGUAUGUGUUCAUCUACACAGGUCUGCGUCAACUAAAGGACGCUAGAGAAAUGGUGAUUGAAUCUUGUUAGAGAACUGUUACGUGAAGUAAGUGGACAGUUUGUAACUAACAAAUAUGUUUUGAGUAUCAAGCCGGUAAAGACAUGGGCCUGGGAAUUCAUACUGUUGAAUUUUGAAUUGUCAAGACUGAGUUAUUUAACUGUCUGAGCUCAGAGAGUCAUAAGAGACUCCUUUUUUUCUACAACGUAUCUUUGGCACUGAGCUAAGGAAUUGUUGAAAUUGAAUUGUACAGGUGUUGUUACUCUAAUCAAAACACCAAUCCAGCUUUCCUAUGGGAGCAAAGUUAUUGAACUGAAUUUUACCGUAGCCAAGCACUUGAAUGACUGAAAAGAAUAUAAAUAGAAUUACAUAUAUAAUUGCAAAAUUGAUAUAUAAUAUGAGACAUUACUAGUUGUAUUGCUUAUAGAUAAAGAAUUGAUAGUUGUUAGUAGCACCGAUUUAAUCAGCUUGGUUUCAAAUAUGUGACCUUGUCUUGCAUUUCGUUUAGUUUUACUGGAAACCUUCCUUUUUUCCCCAAAUCUCCAGAAUUGCCUGAACGGGUGUAUCUAUCUUAAAUCGGAUCGGAGGCGGCUUUUGCAUAAUUUGAAUAAGUCUGUAAGUUAGUGAAUGCAAGUAAGGCCGUCCGUUUUUUUUCUCUUCUUUUACAAUAAGACAGCCACAAUUGCUUUUGUUAUCUAUGAUACAAACUUCUAACAGGAUCCACUUAUCCCAUAAAGUGAUAUUGGUCUUAUUAGACUUAUUGUUGAUCACGUAGAUCUUACAAUAGCUUUGCACUUUGUAAUAUUUUAAAAAUUUAAGCUUUUGUGCUAUGGGAGAUGCAUUUUCUUUUCUUAGGUGGGAUUAGAAUUUCAUAAAAAACAUCAUCCUAAUAUCUUUAUUUAGCUGUUAGCAAUGAUAAUGUUCCUCCAUUUAGGUUUUUCUCCACUAUUACCUACUGGGAAGGUUUGGACAAACGUGGUAUAAACUUUUAUUGACAUUUUCCUUAUAUCUUUAAGUUACUGUUUUAUAAUUUAACAUUUGCGAGAAUAUUGUGAUACUUCUGUUUAUUGAAGGAAGUUCGCCUUUUUAAUCACUUUGUGUCCAAAUUCCCUCUGCGAAAUUUGAACAGUGGCUGAUAAAGAGCUAAUAAGAAAUAGUCAAGUGGAGUUUUAUUGGGAAAGAUGUGACUAACAACAGUCUGAAUAUAAACAGCUUAGUGGCCCGGGAGGGAAGACUGAGUGAGAUGGUUAUCAUUUAAUAAGGAAUUAUGUAUGUAAUUAGUUUAGGUCUGGUGCAUGUAACUCACUCUUGUAAAACACGGCAGGAUUUAAAGUUUCUCAUUAGGGUCUUAUUCUUUCAAACUGACAGCUGAUAUUUCUGCGUUUACAACAAAGCAGAGGUGCUCAAAAGUUGUUAUUGUAGUGUAUAACUUAUCUGAGAUACUGCCUGUUGUCUGAUUGGUCAAACAUCUCUCAUUUGUUGUUUCAGUGAACCCUUAGCAAAGUUGAAACACUUAAAUUUCAUUUGACAAAUGCGAUGGACUGUUCUAGUCUUAAAUUGAUGACCAGAGCAGCUGUCAGAUCUUUGAUUAAUGCAAGAAAAUAGAAACAAAAUUUCCGCCGUGUUACGACAGCGUGGUAUGUUAUAUUUAGAUUAUUGAGUGUUCACUGAUGGGCAAGUCCGAGAGAAGUGACGGUAAUAAUUGUAAGUGUUAUUUCUACCUAGAGAUUGUGAUUGAGUUCGAAUUCCAAGUAAUUAAGAAAAUAAAUGAUGCACUCAGAAAA